ACUACCCACUACAGGGGGAACUACAGUUGCUGGAAGGUGAGUUUGCCUCAAGGCUGCAAAACUUUACAAAGUGCUCCCCUUGAUGGAAGGGGGCCCUGCCUGCAGAAACACCCAGAUGCCCAGCAGUCAAUCCAUGGUGAAGAAAUCAAAGAUGAGAGGCCAGGGAGUGAGGGAACAGGGUUGCCAGUUGGGCACACCCGACACCCCUCCCAGAAACUUCCCAAGGAACAAGCCCAGAAAUUGGGCCUCUGCUGCCCUCUAAUGGAGGAAAGCAAGCCUCUAGAGCUGCCUACCGGGGCCCAGCCAUCCUGGCUCUCCUAAAGAAAAGGGGACAUGAAGGACCUUCCUGCCCCCAGAAUUUUUAUUCCCCUAGAGUCUCGAGCUUCAUUUCCUACAGCCUCAGAAGCUGAAACUUCUCUCCUUCCAAGCGCCCCUGGCCAUCUUGUUUCCCGAUCACCACCCUCCAUCCUGUUUCCCCAGUUUCCUUUGUUGCCCAGGUUCUGAUUCUGGUACCCUGGUUCCCGGCCCUGCCAGAGUUCUGGUUCCAGAAGGCUCUUGCCAGGUGCCUUGGGCCUAGCUCCCACCUGGGAGCAAGGCAGCGCUGAAGACAUGGGCAUGAGUGUCCCCCAGUGCCUGGGGCAACUGCACAUCCGCAAGGGUGUAGUGGGCUUGGCCACAGGUGCUGGGUUCAUCUACCUGCUCUACAAGGCCAUCAAGGCUGGCAUAAAAUGCCAACCGCCCCUCUGCACCACCUCACCAAUCUGCAUCGCCCGUGAGUGUACGGGCCCUGGGGAGAGGGCUCUGCCCCAGGAGGCACCUGCUCCCGAGGCCUCCAGUGUGGGAGGGCCCAAAGGCCUGGCAAUCGAGCGAGAGCGGCACGGGCGGGACUCAGGUGAACUCCGGAGGCUCCUCAACUCUCUGGAGUGCAAACAGGAUGAGUACGCCAAGAGCAUGAUCCUGCACAGUAUCACGCGCUGUGUGUACUUGCUGGAGGCCGAGGCCUCUGCUUGUACUACUGAUGACAUCGCAUUGUUGGGCUCCAUGCUGGAUGACAAGGACAACAGUGUCAAAAUCCAAGCUCUGAACACACUUAAAGCUUUCUCUGGCAUCAGAAAAUUCAGGCUUAAAGUCCAGGAACACUCCAUCAAGGUCCUGGAACUGAUCUCCAGCAUCUGGGAUUCCGAGCUGCACAUUGCAGGCCUCAGACUCCUCAACAACCUCCCACUGCCUGACUAUGUGCAUCCACAGCUGAGACGGGUGAUGCCUGCCUUGAUGGAGAUCCUGCAGUCGGACUAUAUCCUGGCACAGGUGCAAGCCAUUCGAUUGCUGAGCUACCUGGCACAGAAGUAUGAUCUUCUCUAUGAUAUUCUCAACUGCCAGGUGCAUGCCAACUUCCUGAAACUGUUUCAGUCCACACAGCCAGGGAGUCUGCUGUUUGAGGUCCUGGUGUUUGCCGAGCGGCUAAGUGAGGGCCGGAAUUCACCCCACUACCGUGCCGUGAAGUGGCAUUACAACGAACAGUCGCUGCACGAAGCCCUUUUUGGGGAUGAGUCACGACUGGCAGACCGGCUGCUCGCUCUGGUCAUCCACCCUGAGGAGGAGGUUCAGAUCCAGGCCUGCAAGGUCAUAGUCAGCCUGCAGUGCUCCCAGGAUGUGGGAGUCCGGCCCUCCGUCUGCCAGCCCAGCCGUUCCUACUUUAAUAGCGGGGAAUAAAAUUAAGGAGAGCCAAUAAAUGACUAUGGGAGAAAAGCGUGAGGAGCAGUUUCUGUUUAGGGCCUUCCAGGGGCUGGGUGGGGAUUUCAGCCGGCCUGAUUGCUACAUGGAGCAUGGCAAAGCAUGGGAACAUCUCCCAGAACACAUCCCCACUUCUCUGCUUAGGGGACAGAUUCCCUUCUACCCCUGCUGCUUUUAAAAUUUGAAUGUGGAGCCAGUGCUUUAAGGGAGUUUUAGGGAGAAGGCACGUCUCGGGGACAGAGGCCAAAGAUAAUCAGCAGGAGACAGUAUUGCAUGGGCUUACUCAGCACGGGCCAGGCUGUGCCACAGUAACAAACAGCCUCCAAAUUUUAGUGGCUUAAAAAUGACAAAGUUGUUUUUUUUUUUUUUAAGUUUAUUUAUUUAUUCAUUGGUGCAGAAUGAGAGGGAGAGAGAGAGAGGAAGAAUCCUAAGCAGGCUCCACACUGGCAGCACAGAGCCCAGCGUGAGGCUUGAACUCAUGAACCGUGAGAUCAUGACCUGAGCUGAAACCAAGAGUCGGAGGCUUAACCAACUGAGCCACCCAGGUGCCCCGACAAGGUUAUUUCUUAUUCCUACUCCAUGCCUACAGCUGGGGCGAUAGAGGGACAGGUGUCUCUUCCAAAUCCUCUUCUCUCUGUGACCAAGGCUGAGGGUGGAUCUUCACUGUGUAUCUACAACUCCUAGAGAAGGAAAAGGGAAGGUGGCAGUGAUCACUGGCUCUUGAAAGUUACACCAGAGGGGCGCCUGGGUGGCUCAGUCGGGUAAGUGACCGACUUCAGCUCAGGUCACGAUCUCCUGGUUGGUGAGUUUGAGCCCUGCGUCGGGUUCUGUGCUGACAGCUCAGAGCCUGGAACCUGCUUCGGAUCCUGUGUCUCGCUCUCUCUCUGCCCCUCCCCCGGUCACACUCUGUCUUUCUGUCUCUCUCAAAAAUAAAUAAACAUUAGGGGCGCCUGGGUGGCUCAGUCGGUUGAGCGUCCGACUUCAGCUCAGGUCACGAUCUCACGGUCCGUGAGUUCGAGCCCCGCGUCAGGCUCUGGGCUGAUGGCUCAGAGCCUGGAGCCUGCUUCCAAUUCUGUGUCUCCCUCUCUCUCUGCCCC